UGUUCUACAGGUCUUGGGAUUUUGAUGUGAGUGUCAAAAAAUGGGGCGUUCAUCUUUGCUUGUCAUUGUCCUAAGCUUGUCUGUUAAACUCGGAAGCCUUAUUCAAACUUCACAUUCACUGGGCAACUCUGAUUCAGUCCGAAUAACUCGGAGCACACACAGACACAGUGAUGACCCGUACAGCUUGGCCAGCGGAGUGAUUGUCCAUUCAGAGAGCCACAGUGAGUCUGUGGAGGGCAGUGGACAUAAUGUUGACAGCACAGCGUCACAGAAACUCAUCAAUCAGACUGUAAUGUCGAAGAAGCCCGACCGAGCUGGAAAUGAAAACCGUUCUGGGUCUGGAAUCACAUUAACUACAACACCGGCACCUACUCUACACCACUCCGGGGCUCAUGACCAAGGAGCUGACGAAGCCAAUACAGGAUACACUCACUCUGGUGUCUCAGAGGAAGCUCUCUUGGAGGGCAGCCACAUAACAACUAAGGAACAGUUAAAAGAGAGUCAUGCGUCCACAGUAAAUGAUGGUUUUCUGGAUGGUAUGGACAGCCCCAAACUCCCCAUCCAAAACAAUGCAUUUACUUCAAUGACAAACCUGUCGGGCCCUGGAGGUCCCUGUUUGCUUAAUAUUAGUCCUUGUGUUGUUCUUCCAAACUUUAACGGCACCAAUCUGCUCUGGGAUGACAUGAAGCGCACACUGGCAUUUGCCUGGGAACUACAUGUCUUUGGAUCUGCCAGCCUUUUCAUCUUGAUAGCAGUCCUGGCAGUGGUGGGAAUGGCUGGUGCGUGCACCCUUCCUCAUCCCCUCUGUGACGCCCUGAUCCUGGCAAAUAGUCUCCUGAUCCUCAGUGGUACUCUGCGCGGUGUCCUCCUUCUGCUUGAUCCUUAUGGCACCCGUCAGGUCCUGUCUCGUGCUACUCUGGCAGCGCUCCAUAACGUUCCUCUGCAGCUCCUGCUGUGGGCACAGGUUGAUCUCGCUCUGAUCACACUCAGAGGGUGGAAAUUAUUACUUUUCCCUCUAAAGCUGCAGCACCCAUGGGUGGUUGGAGGGUUGGCUGUAUCACAUUGCACUCCAUUACUUGUAGCAGACCUUUUCUCUCAAACUUUGUGCCCCACUCUCCCCCUGUUGCUACAGACUCUCACCCUCUGCUGGGGCCUCCCAUUGUGCAUGGGAAUCCUCACUAAGUCUUUUUCUAAUCUACAUCCCUUUGUCAGGUCUUCUGUAUCUCAGUGGGUUCCUUCACAGAGGAUUGAGAGGCGUGCAAAUCGAGUAACAGCAGUGUGCGCCUUCCUUGGGUUUCUCUGCUGCAGCCUUCAGAUGUAUAGUCUCCUCUGGCUUUAUGGGCUACUGGGGAACUGGAGGCGCUUCGGCUGGGGCUGGUGGCUCAGUCAGUUUUGGGCCAGAAUCCUUGAGUUUGUUUGGGGAUUCUUUUUGCUUGUCCUGGGAUCCUGGAUCUUCUGGACGCCAUCUAGGGGUCAUCUAAGGGGCGAUCAUGGGCAGGGCAGAAAUGAGGUGGUUAAAGGGGUGGAGGAGAUGAGCUUGUGGAGUAACAUCUUGGCCAGCAUACAUAAAGGGAGAAGAAAAUCUGAGAAAACAUGGGAAGACCUGAUGCCAAAGAACUGGGCAAUGCAUAACCUGUCUAGAACAGGUUUCAGCAACAACUUAAUGAGUCCGUAUGAUGAUCAGCCAUCUACUAUUACACCAGAAUACAAGUUGGAUCCUGUUAGCAAAAGCAGCUCUGACCCUCAAGCUGCACUGCUGUGGCAAAAAGUUGGCGAACGUGAAUGUGUUCUCUCACUUAUAGAAUUUGACAUGCAGCCCCCAUCUCCUAUUAACCUCAGGCGCAGCAUUGACAGUGCCCUUCAUCAUGGAAAGCUUGUAGCAGGAGGCCUGUUCACACCUCCACCUCCCUCUUGGAGUCUCUCUUUGGGCACAGGCACCACUGAUGGGGAUGAUGGUACAACAAAAAUCCCUUCAGCUUAUGUUGGCUACGGGUGGAUGCUGGACACAGAGUCUAUUUCUGCAUCUCUGGACCAUUUCCAAGCUAAAGAGCCGAUAGAGUCACCCAGCGCUACCACUGAUUAUAAUGGUAGUGUUGGGACGCCAGGUAAUGCACAUCAGGGAGCGUUCUCAGAAGUGAUUCAUCAGCAUGGCUGGUCUGAUGACGAUGUCACGGAUCUCUAAGCUGUCAGCUAACAUACUUUUAGUCAUCCAGCCUUUAUGAAAUGGCACAAUCAUGUUAUGUGGACAGUAAUGCCCUCGCAAGACAAGGCCUCAUCUGAGUAAAUAUUGAUAAUUAAGUAAUGAAUGACAAAUAUUCAGCACCUAUAGUGUUGCAUAUAAAUCCUCAUAAGUCAUUUUAUAAGACCUGGAUAUUGUGGAAAAGAUGAGGGUGAGGCCUAUUAGAAAUGUUUUAUCUGUUCAUUGCGAUUUGACUUCCAUUGGGUCUUCUGAAAUAUUUUAAUGUCUAUGUGUUCUAGCACAACUUUAUCUGCAAAUAAAUUGCAUGGAGGGUUUUCCCACUGGAUAUUAUGAGCAUUUCAAGAGUUUAGAGUUUUAUAAUAUUUGUCUUCAUAAUCAGUUUUCUAUCAUCUGAGUCAACAUCUCUCUCCUGUUUGAUUUGUGUUGUAACUUCGCUGGUUAAAAGUCAUGUGCGCAUUUGUUUGAUAAUGCACUACUGACCUCUACAAAAA